GCCUCGCGGAGCAAGGCAGGCCCUGCAGGAGGAGGAGGAGGAGGAGGCGCCGGCGCCGGGGAGGAGCCAGCGACGCCGCCGGCCCGGGAGCAGCGCAGAGCGCGCGCGGCAAGCCGAGAGACGGAGGGAGCUUCCCCGAGGCGCGCCUGUUCCCGAAUAAAAUAUGCGGACCAUUUUUUAAAAGUGUGGAUCACCUUCAGAGACCAAGUGCUCAUUAUUUCAACUCAGGCGGCUGCGUAAUGAUUAUCUUUUUUCCCCCUGCGAGGCUCAGCGGCUCUCUACACCUGCAAAGGAUGCAAGAAGGUCAGUGGCGGGAAGGGAGGAAUAAGCCGUGAAUUGCAUAAACUUUCCAAAGACUUCCAAUAAAUCCAGGCUCGCGCAGCUCGCGCAUUGGAACAGAUGGAUAAUGGAGACUGGGGAUAUAUAAUGACUGAGCCGGUCACUCUGAAUGUGGGUGGACAUUUGUACACGACGUCGCUCACCACGCUCACGAGGUACCCCGAUUCCAUGCUGGGAGCCAUGUUCCGGGGAGGCUUCCCCACCGCCAGGGACUCCCAGGGCAACUAUUUCAUCGACCGGGACGGGCCGCUUUUCCGGUACGUCCUCAACUUUUUACGGACGUCAGAGCUGACUCUGCCUCUGGACUUCAAGGAAUUUGACCUGCUUCGUAAAGAAGCGGACUUCUACCAGAUCGAACCCUUGAUACAGUGUCUUAACGAGCCCAAACCUCUGUAUCCCGUGGAUACCUUUGAGGAAGUGGUGGAGCUCUCCAGCACUCGCAAGCUCUCGAAAUAUUCCAACCCGGUGGCGGUGAUCAUAACGCAGCUGACCAUCACGACCAAGGUCCACUCGUUGCUGGAAGGGAUCUCCAACUAUUUCACCAAGUGGAACAAGCAUAUGAUGGACACGAGGGACUGCCAAGUUUCUUUCACGUUUGGGCCCUGCGAUUACCACCAAGAAGUCUCCCUUCGGGUCCACCUGAUGGAGUACAUCACAAAGCAAGGCUUCACCAUCCGAAACACCAGGGUCCACCACAUGAGCGAACGAGCCAAUGAAAAUACGGUGGAACACAACUGGACUUUCUGUAGACUGGCACAGAAAACGGACGACUGAUUUCACCCCUUCUUUCCCCGUUUGUUUACCGUCCAGAAGCUAUGUAGCAGCUUCUCAGAACAAGGUAUUAAGAGACUGGAGACUGGCUUCCACUUAAAACAACAUUGGAGAAAAUCUCUGCAUCUCUCCCUUUCUCCAUAUAUACAUAGAUUAUAUAUAUAUAUAUUUGUUUUAAAUAUUUAUUAUGGAUUCCUAAGGACCGGAGAAUGGGCAUGCUCCGGCCUCUAAUCUUCCGUCAUGUCGUGAGGAAAUGUUUGCAUGUGCCUGCUCAUUCCAUCAAAGAAACUUUUAUUUUUUUAUUUUCACAAAGGAUGAACCUUGGAAGGACUGUGAAAUAAUUACAUUUAGGACACGUUUUCCGUGGUGUUCACACAGUACAAUGUAAAGUGCUAAAAAUCGUCUCCUGGUUUUUAACCUGUGUUUAACCCGUCUAGUGCUAUUACAAACCAACUCCUGAGGCUCCAGUCCAGUGUGAAUUAUCUCGUAAGCUACACCAAAACGAAUAAGAAACAGUACAAGAGAAGUUUGUGUAGGAGAAGUUCUCUCUGGGCUGUACCCAGAUUUGUUAAUGUGCAGCUGGGGAGAGGAAAAGCUACCAUCAUGUAAUCUAACCUAGUUUUCAUAAAUCGGUAAGCAAGCAGUAUUAAAAAAAUUGAGGUACCAUCAGGCUUCUUCUGCCCCUGGUUUUAUUGUCAGCAGUACAGCAUUUUACAGUUAUGAGAACUCUUUCUUUCUAUGCAUUAUAAAACAAGCAACCAAAUAUUACCUAUGGCGACAAAAAUACAGUUAGAAGUAUUUCCAUUGGACUUGGAAGGAAAUAAUAAUAAUAAUAAUCCCUGUGGCAGAACUUUUUUUUAAAUGCCUGGUGCAGUAUUAUUCCCAGGUGUAAUGCUUGCCAGCAAGAAGCUAAUAAAAAAAUGGAAAUUACAGAUAUGGUUUUUUUUUCUUUCUCGAAAUUAUUCUAAGAUGCAUAGGAGUAAAUGGAAAUGAAGAAAGCAAACUUUUUAGAAUCACUGGUUGGAAUUUUCUAAGCAAAAUAAUGACAGCGCUGCAAUGUCAGGAUUUAGGGAUCUAUAUUACACAUGGCAGCUGGGCUGGGUGAGAGGAAUAUAAUUGUGAAGAAUUGCAUCUUCCCGUAGAAUAACGAAGGCCAGCUGGCACGCUGCAGGCCAGAUCUAGCCCUUGAAACAAUUUGAUCUGGUCCUCUGAGGCCCUACCAAAUGCUUUUUGAAUGGGGUUAAAAAACAAAUCUUGCUUUACAAUUUUGCUUGUAAGGGGAAGAAGUAGUGAGUCUGCACAUAUGUUUCCUAUGCAUUUUAUUGUAUUGCUGUUGCAUUUGCAUUGUGGAGAUGCACAAAUGCCACUGCUGAUCUCCCGUCAUUCUUUCACGAAGCCUUCCCACCCCUCCCAGGCUUAUGACCUCAUACCAUCUGAGCGCUUGUGUUCUGCGUCUGCUUAGCGCUAAUAGAUGCCAGAACACCCUUUGCAUUCUCCAGCCUCCAGAUGAGCACUUGGGACAACAGAGGGUCCUCUUAAGAACACAGGAGCCGACCUUCUCUGCCAUUAAAACAAACAAAAAGCUUGUUUCUCGUGGAUGCAGAUAAAGUAUUUAGAAAUGUACAAUUGCAGCAGUCUCUCUCGCUUUGUGUUUGUGCAUGGAGCUUGUAGUAACACAGAUAUAACCGGAUGUCCCUUAUACGAUGAAAUACACAAGGACAAGAAACGUGAGAGAAACAGUAUUAUAAAUAUUACAACGUGAGAUGCCUUUAAGGUCAUGUUUUAGAGCUCGCACAGAAAGCAGUUCUGGAACACGGCAUUCAGGUGUGCGUGUUUUGUGUGUGUGUGUGUACCUAUUCAUUCAAUAAUUGUUGCAACCUUGCUUGCGAACGGCCUGAAGGGUUUUUAAUUAAAAAGUCAUUAAGUCUU